AACACACAACAUCAGUGUGGUGGGACUCGAAGUUGUCGCUGUUCAACAUGUGUAUGUCAAAUUGUAAUUCGCUCGCUCAUUUAAACACUGUAAUAUAUUGUUGUGAGCUGUGUAGAGGGCAGAUUUCUCUGAGGUUUUUCUAGCUGUUUCUGAAUCAUGAGUGGCUCCAAGCCGGACAUCCUGUGGUCUCCUCACCACCCGGACCGCUAUGUCAUCUGUGACUCUGAACUGGGACUGUACCGCAUCGGACCUGUGGGCAGCGCAGAAACCAAGGCUGGCACUCUCCCACUGUCUGAAGAAACUGCUGCUACUUUACUAGCCAUUAACUCUGACACUCCUUAUAUGAAAUGUGUGGCCUGGUACCCAAAACAUGAGCCCGAGUGUUUGCUCGCUGUGGGCCAAGCCAACGGCAGAGUGGUGCUUACCAGCUUGGGCCAGAGCCACAACUCCACAUGUAAAGAGCUAGUUGGGAAAGAGUUUGUGCCCAAGCACGCCCGUCAAUGCAACACUUUAGCUUGGAAUCCUGUGGACAGCAACUUGCUGGCUGCUGGGUUGGAUAAGCACAGAGCGGACUUCUCUGUCCUCAUAUGGGACAUUAGCAGUAAGUUUUCCCCGGAGGCGAGCGUAACAGCUGAGAAGAUUCGUCUCUCGUCUUCUGUGGAUUUGGACUCAAGCACAGUAGUGACCAAACCGUUAUAUGAGUUAGGCCAAAACGAUGCUUGCCUGUCCCUGUGCUGGCUGCUUCGUGACCCAAAGCUGCUGUUGGCUGGUAUGCACAGGAACCUCGCAAUAUUUGACCUGAGAAACACCAGCCAGAAAACGUUUGUCAACACCAAGGCCAUCCAGGGGGUGACGGUCGACCCACACUUUCAUGACCGCGUGGCUUCCUUCUUUGAGGGCCAGGUGGUCAUCUGGGAUCUUAGGAAGUUUGAGAAGCCUGUGCUCACACUGACUGAGCAGCCCAAGCCACUAACUAAGGUGGCCUGGUGCCCAACUCGUACCGGCCUACUGGCCACUCUGACACGUGACAGCAACAUCAUCCGCCUGUACGACAUGCAACACACUCCUACACCUAUCGGAGAUGAGACAGAGCCCACUAUCAUCGAGCGCAGCGUGCAGCCCUGCGAAAGCCAGAUUGGCAGCUUUGCCUGGCACCCGUCCUCUCAGAACCGCAUGGUGGUGGUUUCAGCAGCCAACCGUGUCAUGACUGACUUCACCGUCUUCGAACGCAUCUCGCUGGCCUGGAGCUCCACCACCUCGCUCAUGUGGGCGUGCGGCAGGCACCUCUACGACUGCGUCGAGGAUGGGGCUGAAGGAGUGGAGAGCAUGAUUGAGAAAGACAUCGCCACCAAGAUGAGACAGAGGGCUCAGUCCAAGUAUGGGCACGAUACCGUCCAGGUGUGGAAGAACCACCUGCUGGCGGGAGGGACCGAUCUCCAGCUCAAGUCCCUGUGGUUUGAUCUGUUCUAUAUGAAGCAGUGCGCAGAGGAUAUGGAGCUGAAACUGCAGGGGAACAAACAGUCUGUUGUUUACUCUGGUAUCAAGAACAUUGUGAAGACCAGCUCAGGCACUACAGAGACCCGCAGGUGCUGGAGCGGCUCGGACCGUCAGACGGACGUGCCGAGGUACCACAGCGAGGAGCGCUGCCUCGCCCUGCGGCUCUGCGGCUGGAUCAGUCGAGGGCCCGACAUCGACGUGGAACCCUUCCUGCGAACCCUGGAGCAGGAACGCGAGUGGGAGCGGGCGGCCGCCGUGGCUCUGUUCAACCUGGACAUCCGCCGGGCCAUCCAGAUCCUCAACAAGGGAGCCACCGCUGAGAAGGGUGACCUGAACCUGAAUGUGGUUGCCAUGGCUCUGUCAGGCUACACCGAUGAGAAGACUUCCCUGUGGAGGGAGAUGUGCAGCUCUCUGAGGCUGCAGCUGAAGAACCCCUACCUCUGCGUCAUGUUUGCCUUUCUCACCAGUGAGCCCGGAGCCUAUGAUGGCGUGCUGUAUGAGAGCAGUGUCGCUGUGAGGGACCGAGUAGCCUUUGCCUGUAUGUUUCUCAGCGAUGCACAGCUGCCUCGAUACAUCGACAAACUAACCAACGAUAUGAAGGAAGCAGGCAACCUGGAGGGCAUCCUGCUGACAGGCCUCACUAAAGAUGGCGUAGAUCUUAUGGAGAGUUACGUGGACCGUACUGGAGAUGUCCAGACUGCCAGCUUCUGCAUGCUGAAGGGUUCCCCAGGUGAAGUGUUGAAAGACCCUCGAGUCCAAUGCUGGAUCGAAAACUACCGCAACCUGCUGGACGCGUGGAGAUUCUGGCACAAACGGGCCGAGUUUGACAUCCAUAGAGGCAAACUGGACCCCAGCUCAAAACCACUGGCCCAGGUGUUUGUGAGCUGCAACUUCUGUGGGAAGUCCAUCUCCUACAGCUGCUCGGCGAUGCCUCACCAGGGUCGCGGCUUCAGCCAGUACGGUGUAAGCGGCUCACCUACCAAGUCAAAAGUCACCAGUUGCCCCGGUUGCAGGAAACCGCUGCCACGCUGUGCCCUCUGCCUCAUGAACAUGGGCACACCUGUUUCCAAUUGCCCAGGAGCAGGGAAGUCAGAUGAGAAGGUUGACUUGACGAGGGAGAACAAACUUGCUCAGUUUAACAACUGGUUCACCUGGUGUCACAACUGUCGACACGGCGGCCACGCUGGCCACAUGCUCAGCUGGUUCAGAGACCACACCGAGUGCCCAGUGUCUGCUUGUACGUGUAAAUGCAUGCAGCUGGACACUACAGGGAAUCUGGUGCCUUCAGACAGCAGCUAAACAGGAGGAGCCUGUAGGAUACUGAAGCCAAACACCAGCCCGAAGCCAACCAGUGCAGGUUCACUGCUGCACCCGCCACACUAACAACUGGGCAAGGGACAAAGGGUGCCAGUAGUGUCCUUCUCUGAAGUGGCUGCUUGAAUAGGAUGAAAUACUGUUAAGUAAUAGUCUAGUGAAGGGCUGUGCGAUAUGAUGAUAUAUAUAUCGUGUGACGAUAGAAAAAAAUCUCUCGUUUCACUUUAUGCUCAAUUGUUUAUUUCGUUGGAACCCAAAUCACACUCUUUACAGCGAUAUUGUCCAUCAUUUGGAGUCUGUCCAUCUUUUACGCGGAUUACAUUAAUAAAUUACUCUUAUCGGCUUUUUAUUGCAUUUAUAUUAACGUUAUGAGUGUAGUUGUCAUCACUUCGAGUACUUCACCUGGUUCACUCUCCUCUGCUCCGCUGUGUGUGCAGCACAUGGAGAGCUCAGCCUGGCCCUCGCUGAACUACAGAGAGAAGAGGACAGUAGCGCGACCGUAAAUGAAGGCAAAACACAGUAGAGAAUAUGUUAAUUUAUGCUCUAUACUUAAUUUAUGUGCACUCGUUUCAUUUCAGCUCAGCGUGAGAGUCUCUAUUGUGUUUUGCUGUCAUUUACAGUCGCGCUGCUCUCCUCUGUUCUCUGUGGUUCAGCGAGAGCGGGGCUAAGCUCUCCGUCUGUAUGAUGCGCACAGCGGAGCAGAGGAGAGACAGUGAGUUAGGGACAGUACUCAAGUUGAUGACAACUGCACUUGUUACGUUGCUAUAAGUGCAAUUAAAGGUUUGUGAGUAAAAAACCAAUAAGAUUAAUUUAAUCCGCACAAAAGAUGGACAUGUGACAGUAGGGUACAAGACAAAAUGAGAAGCUUGUACCUAAAAGAGAGGCUACUUCUGUCCCAUGGUUUGGGUAUGAAAAGUCUGACCAGAAACUAUUUAUUCAUUGAAUUUACAGAAAAUGUGCUAUAUAGUGCUAUAGUGUAUGGUUAUCUGGAUAUAACAUAACUUAUAUCGGGAUAUGAGAUUUUAGUCAUAUCGUACAGCCCUAGUCUAGUGAAUGUAAUAUUGUAACAGAGCCCGAUAUCAAGAAGGGAGGCAGUGUGUAUUACUGAUCUGACUAACUGAAUCAAUGACAGAAAGGGAGCAAAUGCAAACUCACUGCUCUGCUAAUGAAAAUCCGAAAUCCCACUCAGGAGAAACACAAGAGGCUUUGCUGUAAUCAGCCUCUUCCAAUCUAACCUGAAUCAGGAUUAUGGUUUUGUUGUGAUCUGUUUAAAAAAAGAAGAAAAAAAAAAAAAAAAAAUCAAAUGUCCACUCACACAUCAGGUUGUUAAGAUGUGAUCACAGGUGCCAAUACGUCUGAGCUAUAUUUUGUGGCUUUUGUUUUAAUACGCUAUUUAACGUCUGUGUUUGUCUUACGAAAGGAUCUUCACAUACCUCAUGAAAGCAUUGUUUGGGGUGAAGGAUGGUACCCCCGGGUGUUGGAGAGUAGCGCACAAUAACAACACUCCCUUGCUCUCUUCAUGUGUCUCUGGGCCACUCUUCAUCUGGUAUUGUGCGGGAGGGCUUCCAGUGCAAGGGGUGGUUUUGGG